AUGUCUCAGGACAACUCCACGCACGCUAAGCAAAGCUCAUUAGAAAGAGACGUGCGGCUGGGAUUUUAUAUCGCAACAUUUGUGAUCGGACUGAUUGGAAACCUCCUCGUUUUAAUUGUCAUUUGGGCGAAACGAGGCAAGAAAACAGUGAAUGACUUGUUUAUCAUGAAUCUGGCUGUAUCGGACCUUACACUAAUCUUCUUCCUUCCCAUUCACAUUUACGGUAUGUUUCACACCCUCCCCGUCAACGCGUUCUUCUGUCGUUUUAUCCGCCCGAUGAUGACAGUUUCAUUUUUUGUCAGCGUCUAUACUCUGACGUCAAUGGCAAUCCAUCGAUGUCACGUGAUUUUAAAUCCCUUCAAACAGGAAAUGCGUCAGAAGUCAGCUGUUUUGUGGAUUAUAGUUCUGUGGAUUCUGUCGCUCACUAAUGUUCUCCCUCUAAUGAUUGUAACCAAACCAAAGCAGUCGGAGGAAUGCGUGGAAACGUGGCCGAGUUUGGACCACAGACGCGCCUAUACCGCUGCGUUGUUUGUACUACAAUAUGUUCUUCCGUUAGCAAUCAUUGCUGUAGCCUAUAUUAGAAUCGGAUUGGAUCUCAACCGCUCCUGCCCAGGUCGUCGUGGAAAAAAGACUCCCAAUGGCCCGGAAAAUCAGGCGAGGAGGCGCGAAAACUUUAAAGUUACAAAAACCUUAGCGAUUAUAGUUAUUAUAUUUGCUGUCUGUAUGCUACCGAGCCAGGUCGGAUGGAUGUUACUAGACUUUGGGAGCACCCAUCAGCAGCGAAUUGCCAAGGUGAUAUUCAAGUUUUCACUCGUUCUUACAGUGUUUCACAGCUGUCUUAACCCUCUUGUAUACGGAAGCAUCACUAAGCAGUUUAGGCGUGGUUACGUCAAAUAUCUGUCCUAUCUGUGUUAUUGUUGCAGAUUUUCAAUUUUGAAAGAGUUUCAGAUUUUACGUCCUUUUGAAAGUUCGUCACAGCAGGGACGUGAUGAUUCUAGGCGACCACUCAACGGAGAGCAAACAAGUACCAAACUUGACAUAAUUUGCUCUGAGCCUACAACAUUCAAAGAACCUUUGAACUCAAAAGAGGAGGCCGUUGAUACGCUCACUAUAGUGUAA